UAUAUAUAGCGAAUGUCUCACUCUGUGUUAAUUUUGUGAUUAAAUGUUAUUUUUGUGAAAAUGAAUAUUUACAAAACAUGAGGUUAUUAUAACAAGGCUAAAUAUAAAUUAACCAUGAAUAAAGAAAGUGUCAUAAAUUACAAAAAGGCUUCGGAAUAUUGGGCUGAGAUUCCAGCAACAUUAGACGGGGUUCUUGGAGGUUUUGGCUUUAUAUCAGAUAUAGAUAUAAAUGGUUCAGAAUUGUUCCUACAGUCAUUGCUAUCUUCAGAUAAUGCUCCAGCUACUAGAUCUGCCCUUGAUUGUGGUGCUGGGAUCGGUAGGAUUACUAAGUAUUUGUUAGCCCCACACUUUGACACUGUAGAUGUCAUUGAACCUGAUGGAAAGUUUAUCAAAUCCAUAAUGAAUUUUGUUGGAGAAUAUAAAAUUAAAAUGGGUACACUAUAUCAAACAAGUCUACAAAUGUUUGAACCUGAGAAAAAAUAUGAUGUAAUAUGGAAUCAAUGGGUUCUAGGCUACUUAAAAGAUAUAGAUUUGAUAUCAUACCUUGAAUGUUGCAGGAAUGCACUUUCUCAAAAUGGAAUUUUGAUUGUUAAAGAAAAUGUUACUUCAUCAGGAAGAACAGAAGGAGAUGAAACAGAUUCUUCAAUUACAAGACCAUUAAAAGAGUAUUUGAAAAUAUUUAAGUUAGCCAAACUUAAAAGAAUAAAGCAGUGCAAGCAAACAAACUUUCCAACAGGAAUAUAUCCAGUUUACAUGUUUGCACUAAUUCCUAAUGAUAAUGAUAUUGAAAUGAUUCAGACUGAAAGUACAGAAACAUCAAAACAAUAGAAAUAGGUACUUACAUAUUUUAUAAGAAUAAAUAAAUAAAUAUUAA